AUGGGUGAAGAGCAGGGUCACAUUGACAGCUGCAUGCUGCACUCCCAAAGUGACAGUUCCACGCUGCGCUCUCUCAGCAUUUCUGUGGAUGAACAGAAUGUCAUUCCAGGAGCUUUAAGACUCAUCCAUGAACUAAGACCUGACUGGAACCCCCAGGAUGUGCAGACAAAGGUACAGUGA